AUGAAGCUGACGAUAUAUCCUACGUGGGCGUGGACAGGCAACCACGCGCAGGCGCUGGCGCUCGCCGCGCGCGAAAACGGCAUCAAGGUGCGCAUCGUCAUGCCCGACAUCUCCAUCCCGCAGAAGAUUGCCGCCACCAAGGGGUACGGCGCCGAGGUCGUCUUCAGCGGGAGCACGAGCCCGGAGCGCGAGGCGGCGGCGGCGCGCGUCAUCGCCGAGACGGGCGCGCGCCUGGUGCCGCCGUACGACCACCCGGACAUUAUGCUCGGCCAGGGCACCAUGGGGCUGGAGCUGCAGGAGCAGGUGGCGGAGCUCCUGGCGGCGGAGAGCAAGGAGAGCGGACACGGCAGCAAGCAGGAGGCGACGACGACGACGAAGAAGAAGCCGAAGACGGGCCUCGACGCCAUCAUCACGCCCUGCGGCGGCGGCGGCAUGCUCUCGGGCGUGGCCCUCAGCUGCGAGGGCACCGGCAUCCGCGUCUUCGGCUCGGAGCCCAUGUUCCAGGGCGCCGACGACGGCAAGCGCGGCUACGAGUCUGGCCAGCGCGUGGCCUCGGUCUCGACGCUGACGGUGGCGGACGGGCUGCGCACGCCCGUGGGCGAGCACCCCUUCAGCGUGAUCCACGGGCGGCGGCUCGUCAGCGGCAUGUUCAGCGUCACCGAGGAGGAGAUCCUCGCGGCGAUGCGCCUCGUGCUGGAGCGCUGCAAGAUGGUGGUCGAGCCGAGCGCGUGCGUGCCCCUCGCGGCGGCGCUCUUCGACGAGGAGUUUCGCGCGCUGGUGGAGCGCGAGGGCGGCGAGGAGGGCUGGGAGCUGGGCAUCGUGCUGAGCGGUGGGAAUGUCGGCGUGGAUGCCCUUGGGAGGAUGUUUGGCGAGGCAAAGUGA